UCAUGUUAUAUUAUACUAUAUGAGCCGCCGACUCCAACUACUGUUCAUGUACAAUCCAUACUAGUUUUGACCAACUUCCCACCCUAAAUCCUCUACGUUCUUGACAUUCUCUAUAACAACAUUUCUCUAUAAUAGCCAAAAAAAAUCCGAACGAACAAUAUCGUUAUAGAAAAGUUUGACUAUAUUUAAAGCUCAUAGCUCUAUUCCAAAGUCUAUAAGAUGGAGUCUAUAAACAAGAUGGCAGCUGAGAAGCCAGUGGUGAUCUUCAGUAGGAGCAAUUGUGGCAUGUGCCACUCAAUAAAGACUCUAAUUAGUAGUUUUGGUGCUAAUCCAACAGUGUAUGAAUUGGAUGAAAUUCCAAAUGGGCAACAAUUGGAGAGGGCAUUGAUGGAAUAUUCAGGGAAAAAGCCAACUACUCCAGCAGUGUUCAUAGGACAAGAAUUAGUUGGUGGUGCCAAUGAGAUUAUGAGUCUCCAUCUCAAGGGAAAGCUUGUCCCAAUGCUAAAGGAAGCAAAAGCCAUUUGGUUAUAGUUUUCUCUGACGUAA